UUUGGUCAGAAUAAUUUCGGAUUUAAUUCUGCUGUGUCGUUUUAACAGAUCUGUGGGAGAGUGGUUUAAAAAAUAAUUUAUUGUCAAGUUAAUACUAGUGAAAAAAAAAAUAAAACUAAAUGAUUUUUAUAUAAUAGAAUGCAAUAGAAAUCGCCGCAUAAAAUAAUUAACAAAAAAAUAUGAUUCCUCGCCAACAAUUUGGUAAUUUAGACAUCCGAAAACGACAAAUUGACACCUUAAAAAUAUUUAAUGAUAAUGUUACUGAAAUCACAGAAUUUGAGGAAUAUAAUGUGGCCUUUGAAUCCGGAGGUAGAAAUUUCACUUUAAUUGUUCAAUUAGGAGCAAAUUAUCCAAAUGAAAGGCCAAAAUUUUCAAUAUCACCAAUUAUACAGCAUCAUUGGGUUAACGUUACUACUGGAGAAAUAGAAGCUGCACCAGGUUUAGUAAAUUAUUCACAUCAUUCUGAUUUGGGCCGUAUAGUUCAAGCUGUAAUACGUGAAUUUGAACGAUAUACACCCACAGUAAUUAAUUCUAUCAGCCCAGUUAACUUACCGCAGCAAGGAAAUAGCACAACAAUACUUUCAACUCAAAUGCCAACAGCCAAAUCGCUUGACAAUAGCAAGGAUAGUUCUCCAAUUGAAUUUUCUAGUAAAUUGAAUGAUAGCAACUUACCGAAUCUCUCAAAUCUUUCUUUGGAUGAACUUAAACAAUUAGAUAAUGAUCCACAGUUUUUUGAAGAUUUUAUCGAAGAACUUUCAGUAGUACAACAUUUAAAUGAGGACCUUGAUUCAAUGAUAAAUCAAGUGGAAAUUAUAUCACGUGAAAAUGAGUCCAAAGAAUCACACCUAGUUGAACUUAAAAGAAAAUUAAGUGACGAUGUAACAGCGCUUAAAAAUUUGGGUGAAAAAUGUGAUCAAUUAAAUAAAAAGUACUUAAAAAAGGCAGAGGAUUUUGCUCCACAGCAUAUAAGGGAACUGCUGCAAAUAGCUGCGUCUAAUUCUGAUACGGAUUGUGAUCGUCAUGUAGAACAGUUUCUCAAUGGAAAAAUUGAUGUUCAAACAUUUUUAAAUAGUUAUACAUGUUCAAAAAAACUAAGCUCAGAAAGAAAAGCAAAAGAAGAGCGUUUAGGGCAACAACUAAGUGCUUUGGAACGUGCAGGCAUUUAAGUAAUAGUUUUCUCUAAAUUAACGUUGAUACAAAUUUUAAUGAUGCAAUAUUAUGCUCAAAAUGUAAAAAAUGCUUUCAUCGUAUCUCGUUUAAUGUUA